AUGGCGGCUGCUUGCAUUAUGAGCCUCUCGGUGCUCAUCUGCCUUAGCGGGGGAGUCUCUAUGCAGCGUAACCAUAUUCGAUGGGAGGUGCAAGAUGAAUUCAUCCUCCGACAUGGCAAGACUGCUAAUCUGAGUAGCCGGUGGUGUUUGUGCACAAGUCAGGGCUGGGUCGCAGACAAAAACCAAACCGUCUGUUAUCACAAUUCGCAACCACCUAAGCAUGAGCAUAAUGAUCUUGCCAUGAUUGUUCAAUCACUCAAAUUCUGGAACCCGUUUUACGUGGCAGGCUUAUCACGAAGGUCUGCAAACCAGAACACAGCGAAGCAUGUCAUAUUGGAAGCCAAAGGGGCAGAGACAACAACCGAUGAAGGCAGAGGGCAGGAGGAAGAGAUGCUAGGAGCUUCCAUCAGGAGGAGUGAAAGAACUCCCAAACCGCGCAGGCUGUCUGAUAAUGAGUUUUAA